AUGGGCAGUCUUUCGCAUCAAAAUUUUGUCCCUCCGACGACUCAGAAGGCCAUCGUGGUAAAUGGCAAGGACGAGGUCGUCAUCUGGGACGAGGCACCAUGUCCCAAGAUCCCAGCGGACCAAGUCAUGGUUCGCGUUGAGGCCGUCGGCCUCAAUCCGAGUGAUACCAAGAUGAGGGGAGCCUUUGCGACGAAGUUCGGCAUCCUAGGUGCAGAUUUCGCAGGAACCGUGGUCGCUGUGGGAGAUGAGGUUGACAAUAUCACGAUUGGCGAUAGGGUCUUUGGUGCCCAGAACGAGAUGUACGGAACCACGCCUGAGCGCGGUGCAUUCUGCGAGUACGCCGUGACUCGUGGUAAGAUGUGGACAAAGGUUCCAGAAUCUUGGAGCACUGAAGCUGCUGCAUCUCUGCCUGUAGGUGUAAGCACCGCCGGAAUCGCCAUGAAGCUGCUUGGCUUGCCUCUGCCCGGUCAAGGAGCUGCGAAGCCUGCCCAUGUAUUGGUCUAUGGGGCCAGUACAGCAACUGCUACAAUUGCCAUGCAAAUGCUGAAACUGUCCGGUCUCGAUCCGAUUGCUAUUUGUUCCCCGAAAAAUUUCGACCUAGCGAGAAGAAACCAGGCCGUAGAGGUUUUCGAUCGCAAUGACAAAGAGUUGGCGAAAAAGAUUAAAACAUACACGAAAGGAAACCUGAAAUAUGCCUUGGACUGCAUCACGACCGUCGAGUCUACCGCCUUUUGCUACGCUGCUAUCGGACGAGGCGGCGGCAAGUACGUGUCUCUUGACCCUUGGCAACAGCAUGCUGCGACUCGAAAAGUUGUCACCGCGGAUUUUACAGUCGGCCCUCGAAUCUUUGGGGAAGGAUGCACCUGGCCUGAGCCCUACAAGAGCGAUCCGUCGGAAGAACUGCGCGUCUUUGGGGUCUCUGUUUGGGAAACUGUAGAGAAGUUGAUCAACGAAGGAAAGUUGCAACAUCAUCCGCUUCGUGUUUUAGACGGUGGAUUCGAGGCAAUUCUGGCGGGGAUGGAAAUGGUCCGAAACAGGGUACUCUCUGGAGAGAAAGUAGUUGUACGCAUGAAUGCUUGA